AUGGCUAAACUUACUGAUUACGUGGCGGACCAGAAACGAGAAAUACAGCAGUAUGUUGACCAGCUUUCCAACACUGACAUUCCUAAAAUCAAGGACGACAUUCAUGAGAGCGAGACAAACGGUGGAGAUAUGGGGUUUGUUUAUGUGUGUAAAUCGUGUGAGGACCAGUUAAAUUGUACUAACUGCAUAACGGACAGUCACAACGGUCACAAAACGAAUACAAUGACUGAAUACCUGGCGGACCUGCAGCAGUAUGCUGACAAGCUUUCCAACACCGACAUUCCUAAAAUCGAAGAGGGUAUUCGUGAAAGCGAGACAAACGGUGGAGGAUAUCAGAAAAUCAUCAGUGACAUUAAACGUCAGGGGAAACAGAUGAAAGACAACAUCGACAAUGCAAUUGACUGGUUUGUGAAGAUGUGUACCGAGCUAGAGAAACUGAAUACAAGUAUUUCUGAGAAAAACAAAACUGCACUAACCAAACAUCUGAGAGAGGACCUAAAACCAAAACUGGAAAGAUGCCAGCAGGUACUGACAUCCAGUAUACCCGUUGACGUCACAACAUUAGCGCGGGAAAUCAGGAAUACCUCAAUUGACCCACCAUCGCUUGGGCGUUUGCAGGCAGUGGAGUUUAAAAUCGGGACCAUCUCCACGGAACUCCUGGAACGCAUGAUUGGUAAGAUACUCGUCGACGGAGAAGACCAGUCGUACAAAAAGAUUCCGAAACCUGUGGUUCUGUCCGAGUUUUCGUGA